GUGGUGUGACGUUGACCCGGUCUAGGACGCGUUCAGCGCGACUCACUGAAACAGCGAUCAAGUGACUUGAUGUGGGUCAGCUUACAAGCUCAACGGCGGCCUGGAGGGGCACUGCAUUCUUGACCUGUCUUCAAUCAUGCCCGUCACUCUGUCCAGCCCCCUCUCGUUGUAUUCCAUACCCGUAGUCUGGUUCAUUGCGUUCGUCAACGCGCCCCUGCGUACGUCGUACAUUACGAAGGUUGCGGGGCGGUUCAACAAUGCAGACCCUAGAGGCAAUGUGAAGCGUCUGCUGGAAAAGAAUCCAGAAGCAGGUGCCCGGGCGGCAAGGAUGGAGGCUGCGAAUGCCAACGGAAACGAAAUCUUACCUCUGUGGGCCGCGGCAGUGCUCGCCGGGAACUAUGCGGGACUUGAGAACAAGACGCUGAACGUCUGCUCAGCCGCUUUCAUCGCCCUCCGAGCCUUGUAUAACUAUAUAUACGUCAAUCAGAAGACCCACUCUCAGGGCAAUCUCCGGACGAUUACCUGGUUUGCCGGUGUUUUCAUACCCCUCGGACUGUUGAUCAAGGCUGCUAACAAAGUUCUCGCGGGCGACCUCUAAGUGUAGGCGUGGCGUCUUAAUUUGGACUGAUUGUAUACCGCGCUCUGCGAAUCCAGCAUGAUCCUGCUGGCCCAUGUAAGCUUGCACCUCUAGGCCUUAUCCAACAUCACCGCAGCCUGCCUCAGCACGCCCCUCGUCUCCUCAUACGUCGCCAUCUUUAGCGCUUCCUCGAAUCCCACCCAUUCCGCCCUUUCUACCUCUUCUUCCUGCACCUUCACCCCCUCCCCAUCGCCCUCCACCAGCGCGACCCAG